ACUUCUGAGUGGCGGAGCAGUGUCAGAGGAUUCACAUCUUUCUCUUUUUGAUUCACUUUGUUUCGACAUAUUUCAUAAACGCAUGAGCUUGCUGUGUGUGUGUGUGUGUGUGUGUGUGUGUGUGUGUGUUUUUUUAACUUUCCAAAGGGCGCUGCCUGUCAACAGAGUGAACAUCAUAACGUGCUGAUUGGGUGGAAAAACUUCUUAUUUUCACCCCAAAAAUAAGACCACUGCUCUCAAUUUGGUAGCCGCUGGGCAAAACUCCCAGACGCUUGAUAUUCUGCUGCCAUCUGUGACGAAGUAUACCAAGCUGAACGCAGAAGAGACAAAGAGGAAGACUGACAGACUGAUAGAGUGUGUGUGACAGUAAAAGGUACGAGUGAGGGAACUUCCUGUCUUGGCUGCCCUCCAGCGACACAAUCACUCUUCCCUUAAGUCGUACCAUGUGGUUUGGCAAGCAGGUAUUUUGUAUAAAAACACCUCAAUCAGCUGAGUGUUUGGGAUGAAAGCACAAAGAAAGCAAAAAAGUGGAAAAAAUAACCAUGCUGAAGAAUGACCAACUGGUCUACAUUGGCCUGGAGCUGGUGAUUGCCUGCCUGGCUGUGGCUGGGAACAUCCUGGUCUGCUGGGCCGUCUGCCUCAACUCCAACCUGCAGAGCAUCACCAACUUCUUUGUGGUGUCAUUGGCAGUGGCUGAUAUUGCUGUAGGGGUGCUGGCAAUUCCCUUUGCCAUCACUAUUAGUACCGGCUUCUGUGCCAACUUCUACGGCUGCCUGUUCAUCGCCUGUUUCGUCCUGGUGCUCACCCAGAGCUCCAUUUUCAGCCUGCUGGCUAUCGCUGUGGACCGCUACAUCGCUAUCAAGAAACCACUCAGGUACAGCAGCCUGGUGACAGGGCAGAGGGCAAAGGGCAUCAUCGCUUUGUGCUGGGUCCUCUCAGUAGGCAUUGGCCUGACUCCGAUUCUGGGCUGGAACAGAGGUUGGAACACCACGGCUGCCGCCAGGGGCAGCAAAACCUGCCCUGAAGGCAUGACCGAGUGCCUGUUUGAAGGAGUGGUUACACUGGACUACAUGGUCUAUUUCAAUUUCUUCGGCUGUGUGCUGGUACCUCUGGUAGUCAUGCUGAUCAUCUAUGCCCAUAUCUUCAUGGCCGCACGGCGUCAGCUCCGACUGAUGGGGCUCAAAGUUGCACACACACCUGCUCCUGGAGAAAUAACCUCAUCUUCGAGCUCAUCUCGUCCAACUCUGCAGAAGGAAGUGCAUGCUGCCAAAUCGCUGGCCAUCAUUGUUGGUUUGUUUGCUUUAUGUUGGCUUCCGGUGCAUAUCAUCAACUGUUUCAACCACCUGUGUCAGGGCUGCAACCGCCCACAUAUCUGGGUGCUGAACAUCGCCAUCAUCCUCUCCCAUGCCAACUCUGUUGUGAAUCCCUUUAUCUAUGCCUACCGCAUUCGGGAGUUCAGGCACACCUUCCGGAGGAUCCUAUACCAGCACAUCCUAGGACAGAGGGAUGUACAUGGGUUCGGGAUUGGGAGUAGUGAUGGCAGAGGUGUUGGGGGCAGCAGCAUCAUUCGGACCGCUUCCUCUUUCCGUACCAGUAAUGAGGAUUCAUCAUGUGGCACAGUGGUAAAUAGUUACAUCCUGGACGCCACUCCUAACCGAACUCCACCAAAAGCUACUCAUGAGGCCUCCUCCCACUGGACCUCAAAGUUAGACUCUGCACCAAGCAGAUACACACCCAACAGACACCAAAUAAAGGGUAGCACCCUUUCAGCAACACAGCAGCAGCAAUGCAUCAUGGGAUUUGCUGUGCCGGAUGGAAUAGAGUCCGGCACAUAUUUGGGGGGAACAACAGAUAUUUUGGAGCUUAAAGAAAGUGGAAGCUGCAUUGGUUUUGUGAAUGUUCAGGCUGUCUCCCUCAAUCAGACUGACUGCGCCUGCUCUACAGAGCUUACAGAGGUCUCAUGACAAAGAUAUUUAGGUAUUUAAAAUAUAUUUCUAUUACCUUAAAACAUAUAACGGUCUGCAAAUAUGAGAACACAAAGAAUGAUUAAAGAAGCCUCAGCAAAUCAACAGCAGCAGGAAAUCUGUUUUUCUCUUUCUGGAGUUAUGUGAACUGAUUGCCAGGCAAGGCAAUAUUUUGGUCUGCUUUAUUACUUUGUUCUCAUCAACAAUCUCUGAGUUGGAUCAGAUCUACAACUACACAAACAAAUGUGCUGAUGCUUAAAUUUUUCCAAGAAAAAUAUCCUUUUUUUUUUUGGUUGCAUAUCUCUAAAACAAUGUGUAUCUUAUUGUUCAGAAAACAAGACUUUCUCAACUGUACUGCGUUUUUAAGAGACUUUAAACCUUUAACUUCUUGAACUGCAAUUACUUGAUAAUCUUGCAUCAUGUCCCCUUUUGUAAUGCCCACCUGUAUUGUUUUUACCCACUGGAGAAUUGAAUGUGUCUUAAAAAUGUAGUGGUUCACUUUUUGUAAUCAGCUGAAGUUACUGUCUGCAACAAAACUGAAUGACUUUCACCUAAUGCUGAGCUGUUAAUGAACAGCUCCACCGUGAACCUAGGUAUAUGUACCACAAAGUCCAUACUGCUAUAGAUGAAGCACAUACAGACUGAUGUAUCUCUUACUAAGAGCUGUAACUAAUGGUCUGAGUGACCUAUAAAACAGUCCUCUCUGACAACUUGGGGAAAACUAUGACACUUGAUGGCAAGUAUGAGGAAUCCACUACCUUUUGUGUGUAGAUCUGUUAGAAACUAAUUUCUCAUACUACUGUCCAUUGCUGCUUCAACAACUGUGUGACAUAUGACUCAAAGGCACUGAUGAAUACAGGCUGGUUACCAACCAAAACAGAGAGCUUGUUUGAGCUAUUCAAAUAUCUGUCCAUCUGUCUGUAAUAUGGCUACUUUCAGCAUCAGACUUGCACACAUAGACAGGAUGACAACACACACACACACACACACACACACACAUAAAUAAAGUACAUACACAAGACUACAGACAACUCUGCAAGACGUGUUUACAGAGUAUCCGGGCUGACGCCAGUCGAGCCUAAUGCAAUGGAAAUCAAAUGAAGGUUUAUUUGAUGAUGUCUUUAUUAUGCCAUUAUGCUCUCUCUUUUCUCAUUAAAAAGUCCUUCCACUGUGGGAAAGACCUUCAUUAAGCAACAUUUAUGUGCCUUACAGCAAUGCGUAUGUUUCUAGCUCAUGUACUGUAUAUUUAUUCACAAACCAUACAUAUCGAUUGUUUAUUACACUUUG